GAAAAAGUAAACAAAUCAAAUUUUUUGUCAAUUCUGCAUGCUAUGAGAUCAAUGAUUCUGCCUUUAUUUUAGUGGAUUUAAUUACUUAGAAUUUCUAAUAAAUGCUAUUAAUUCGUGCAAAAGAUUUACAGCUAUUUUAUUUGUAUAAUUGGAUUUUGCAACUUUGGUGAUAAUUUUUCACAUGCCUAUUUGGCACUGUGGCUAUGAAGGUGUUAAUUCUAGCAGCUGGUUAUGGUACACGGUUACAAAAAGAUAUUGAAAAUGACCCUGAACAAGAAUAUAAACAUUUACUAGAUGUGCCAAAACCACUAGUACCAGUUGGUGGGGAAUGUCUUAUAUCAAGGUGGAUGAGAAAUAUUUGGACAGACAAAGAUAUAAAAGGUCAAACUGAUUGUGAAAUUAAUAUUAGUAAAGUUUAUGUAGUGGUGAGUUAGAUGUGUAAUUACUAUAAAUAGUUAAUAUGGUCAGGGACUCCAUACCAACCAUACAUGGCCCACCACAUACUGAUCAGUGGACCCACCAUGCAUGUAAUAGGAGAUUUCUGUUUAUCUGGUCUGUUGCAUGCAUGUGAAGAACUCAUAGGAAAUUAAAUCAUCUAAAGAUGAGCCUGGAGCCCCACAGUUUCAUAACAUUAUGUGUGAGUCAAUUCCAACUGCAAUCAUGCCCGGGUUAAUGCAAACCCUCAGGAAUUUGACUUUUCCAAAAAAUAUUUUGUAAAUUCCCCAAUCCCCAUGGUGGCCAACUCGUUGAAAACCAUUGUCAAAUCACUCAUAGGGAAUGUACCCCAAAUAGUUUCUUAAAACGUUUGAGGUGAUUAACUGCCUUAAUUACUAAAGCCAGUUUUCCACUAGGCAGAAUUUUGUGCAUGGGGCGGAAUUUUUUCUUCGUCUUUUCUAAUUAGUUCCUUACGAGAAAUUACAAGACAAAGAGAAAUUCCGCUCUGCACACAAAAUUCCGCCUAAUGGUGACCGGCUUAAGCUGUACCACUAGGGCUCUACAAAAUUAAUGAGUAUAGCUAGUUGUCAGAAUUGUUUUACAAACAUGUGCAGUCAUACUUUGCAGCACUGAAUAAUAAUAACUUUAUUUAAACUGGCAGAAAACCAGAUCAGCACAAUUACAUCAAUUAGUAACAUCGGCAUAUGUAACUGGCAAUGCAAAUUGCAUGCCUAAUGUUUGCAAGGUGUCUGCCACAUCUGAUUUCAAGAACAAGAUCUACUGAAUAUGCUGCAGCUGGACAUUAAUCACCUUUUGUAUCAAGUCCAAUCAGUGGAGUCAGUCAAUUCAGCAACAUAGGGUGGGGCUGGUGCAAGGUAUUAUUAGAAAAUAUCAUGAGAACCCCUUUAUGAUGCUCUUAAAAGUGAAAACACCCCUAACUAUUUAAAAGCAUAUGCCCCCUCCCAUAGGUGUACAGGACUGGUGCUUUCCAGGGGCAUUUGAAAGUCUGCCCGAAUUUUAUGGAUGAUUGUAAUAAAGUUACCUAUUUUUUGAUAAAUAUGCCCACAUUUUCUUGAUUUUUCCUAGCAUUUGCCCAAAUUUACAUGGUUUUCAAAAUGGGGGGGGGGGGGUGGUGGUUGCCCCCCUGUCUCAUACACCUGUGCCCCCUCCUGACAUAUAUACGGUACAUGAUGCGAUUCUGAUCUUUGUUUAAAAAUUGUGUGAAUGUUUGAAUAUGAUUUAAUACAUAUAGUCACUAUAAUAGUAGGCUGUGGGCUGUUGGCCAAAAUUAGUUCGCUUUGUGGCACCCAUGAGGGAAAUACUUGGUUUGGGGCUUAUUUAAAAGGCAUAUAGGUACAUCACUACCAAAAAAAAUUCCCAAGCAAAAAAGUUGCCCAAUCCUGAGAAAAUGGGUGAUCAAUGAUUAUCCUCUAUUAAAUUGUAUUACAGCAAAAAAUGGGAAAUUCUGUAUUCAAUUACAAUAAAAAUGACUUGCAUCAUCGGAAAACGUACAAAAAACCGCAUAUAGGACUUUUAAACAGUUUUUUGAUUUUUCAAAUAGUCUUUGAGUUAUUGCUGUUUUAAAUGUGAAAAUUGGACCAAAAACUCGCAAUAAGGACUGGGUACUAGGUCAAAAAAGCGUUUUUGACAGUGUAUAACUCGAAAACAAUUUUAGAUAUAAAAAAACUGUUUAAAUGUCUUAUAUGUAGGUUUUUGUAAGCUUUCUGACAUUUUUGCUGUAAUUGAAUACAAAAUUUUACAUUUUCUUGCUGUAAUACAAUUUAAUAGAGGAUAAUCACUGAUCACCCAUUUUCUCUGUGUUGAGCAAGUUUUUUGCUUGGGAACUUUUUGUGGUAAUUAAGCAUCUAUGGUACUAUGAAUUGAACCACAGAAAAUCUAUUUCCCAGGAGGGUGCCACGAAAUUGCUUUUCUAGGCACUUUUUCGCACAACAGGCCACGGCCUAUAGCUAGAAUUUUUCUUUGCAUUGAAUUUUAUCUUCAUUGAAUUAUAUAUAUUUUCAGUUAUUUCCCAUUUAGCAGAACUUUUUAUUUGCAAACAGUUGCCACAAUUUUUAACCCCUUCCCCCUCUGCCACAAAGACUCCAACAAAAGCAAAGACCCCCACCCAUAGUACAAGGUGAACAUUGUAUGAGCCCCCUUCAUUUCCCCCCACACCAUCCUAGGGUAUAAUUAAGUUUGCUCAGGCAGUCGUGUACGGCUAGCGCACCUAUUUUUCACGUUGCCCACUUUUUUUGACCACGUACGAAAUCCUAAUAGCGCAAUCCACCGGAUAUAUAGUGACUUUUUCAACGGUUGAAAAAGUCACUAUAUAUCCGGUGGAUAGCGCUAUUAGGAUUUCGUACGUGGCCAAAAAAAGUGUCCAAUUCAACCUUUCUUGAAAAUGGCUGAAAAACUGUGAAACUACGAAGUAUAAAACAACUCUAACUUAUAAAUACUAAUAAAAUAAGACUUAAAUUUGGGUUGUACAAAACAACGGCCAAUUUAAGAAAGCUUGAAAAAACACUAUCCUGUCCGGAUAGCGCCGUCGGCCCCGGCCGACAACCGGCCCCAGCUGGGUACGAGGCUGGUUAAGUACUGCAAGUCUUACAUGUUAUGUUAAACAAAGAUACCCCAUUCAAGAAAUAGCUUAUUAAUUUAAAGUGUUUUGUUGUUGUUUCUGUUAGACUAAUCAUCAUUAUGUUGAAAAGUUUUCUAUUUGGGCGAAACAAUGGCCAGGUGUCGAAGUUGUGGAUGAUGGAACUCUUACGAACGAGGUACUGGCUGGAAUUGGUUAAAUAGGACAAUUAAUUCUAUUUGCAGCACAUAGCCGUAGGUCAGGAGGAAAAAUACUUUUGGUUGAGCUAAAAAGUAGCGCUCGUUGCAGUCGAAAAUUUCGAUGCAGUGGCACUUUCAUUAUCACGGUAUCUUUUUCUGCAGGUAACUUCAUUCCUAAUUCACCCUAGAAGUGCUUACGUUACGCAAUAUUCAAUCCAUCUAAACAUUAGGUAUACGCAAUGCAAUGUGGGAUACAUGUGGGUCAAAUAUUCUUUGUUUGACUAAGCUAUAGGUUAAUUCACAUGAGAAGAAGCUUCCAUUUCUAUCAAACACGGCAGGUUUUCUCCAGGAAGUUCGGUUAUUUCCUGUAGCAACACUGGACGAACCAAGAGUGAUGGCGUUUACUGGACCAUCAAUGCAUCAGGAAGAACAGUUUAGAGCAUAUUGAGCAAUUCAGUCCAAAAACAUGUUAGUUCAUUGUAUAAAUUACAGUUACCAAACUAUUAUUCCUUCAAUACUGCACCUACCGUAUAUAUAGACUCGGCUGGGGGCUGUUGCAGACAUUAACCUAUGUCUUGAUAAAUUUCAAAUAGAUGACGAUGUGCUGGUAAUAGGAGGGUGAGUAUGCAAUUAAGUAAUUGUCUUUUUAUAACACUAAAUUAUUUAUAUGCUUCAUACCCAGUCCUAAACUGAACAAUUCAUCAUUAUAACCAUAGUAUGUUAUAACUUCCUCAACAGGGAUACUCUGUUUUACAAGGACUUCGAUUUAAGAAACUUUCUAAAAGAAUUUUAUACAAGGAAUUUGAGCUCUCUUGGUGGAACUUUAGUCACAUGUUAUCACUGUAAAGAUUCAGGUAAAAAUAUAGAAAAGUGACUACGUUGGACCAGCACGUAUUUACCCUGCGAAUUCAAGUCCUAUAUAUUGGAGGAAACAAAUUUCUCUAUGCCGAGAACUUCUGAAAAGUGUUAUUCUGUCGUGAAGAAUAGAGGGCUUUCAGAAUUAUUCUGAGUAGGUUGAUGUUUUGAUAAAGGAGCGGGCUGUGGAAGUGGUCUAGGGAGUCUAAAAGUCAUCCAAAUUACAUGUAACUAGACAUUAGUGUAUAUACAGAGGUGUAUAUAUUGAUUAGAUAGCAACACAACUGACUGAACUGAGCUCUGUAACCAAAUUAUAACGUAUCACUACUUGCAUUCUUCACUAACAAGAUAACUUCAAGAUUUAAGGUGGCAAAUGACUAAAUCAAUUUCACUAAAUCAAUUUCACGAAAUCAGUACGUCGUUUUCGAAAAUAACCAGGCAUUAAAAUAGACCAUGCGGGUUGAGGAAAAAUAAUUUUGUUUCAAAGCUCUUCGAGUGGAGGAAGGACAGCAGAAUUGAUAUUUCAAAAUACUAUAAACAAGCUAACUGGCCGCCGGUUUAUUUUGAAAGCCCUGAGAAAAAAGUCGCAAUCAUAUUAAUUCUCACGUCCAUUGGAUACCACGUCAGUACACCUAGACUUGCACCUGGACUAGACUAGACUUACACCUAGACUUGCUCCAAGUCUCUCGAAUUGGCUUUAUAUGGUCCAUCCAUUCUGUUAUGAGAUCAGUUUCAUUUUCAAGUGGGUGUGUCCAUAACUUAGACUGGAUAGACCCCAUCAUAAAUGAAGCCAACUGGAUCGUGACUGGCAUGGAGGAAAUCUAGUAUUCGCCUGAUUUGAAUUUAAUGUGUUCUUCUGUAUUUGAACGAAUAUAAUAUAGCCUUGGAAAUGCACAAUCAGUGAUUUGAAUGGUCGUUUCCAUUGAGUCUUUCACUGGAAAAAAUAGUGAAAUCCAUACUAUGGAAUUUGUAAUUGCAUCACUAAAUCCAUAGUAUAUCCAUAUUAUUUCCAUACUAUAUCCAUAGUAUAUCUAUAUUAUUUUCAUGCUAUAUCCAUAGUAUAUCUAUAUUAUUUCCAUGCUAUAUCCAUUAUAUAUCUAUAUUAUUUCCAUGCUAUAUCCAUAGUAUAUCUAUAUUAUUUCCAUGCUAUAUCCAUAGUAUAUCUAUAUUAUUUCCAUGCUAUAUCCAUAGUAUGGAAAUGGCAAUUAGUAUGAAAAUUGGAUUUCCAUGCUAUUUCCACACUAAGGAUUUUGAAAAAAAUUUCCUGUGUUUGCCCAUUAUUUCAUGACUAUUUCACAAAGUUCAAGAAGAAGAUAUACAUUGAUAACAUUGGUUCCUAUGUAUUUUACUCUAGAUACAAAAAAGUCAGGAAUUGUGGAAUUAGAUAACGAAAAUAAGGUUGUCGCAUUUUUGGAAAAACCGGAUCCUACCACUACUUCAUCAAGAUGGGCAGUAAGUAACUAAGUUUAACGCAAACACGUGGAGAAAAUAUUUGCUCCAUGAGGCUUAUCACACGGUCAAUACUACACAUUUACAACUUAAAAUGAACAUGGUCAAUGAUUGGCUUUCUGAAACAAAUGUAGUCAGUGUUUGUAACUCAUUCGUCAGCGUUGGUUGUUCAAAGCACGAUUAGCGCUAACACUGUCACUGGAUUAAAAUUUAACCUGGUGUUUUGAUUUGUGUAUUUCUGCAAGUUUGUGUAACAUUUCCAAAUAUCAGAAAAUAAAACUUCCAAAGGAUUGACGUUUUUCACAAAAUUAACCCAGUUACCCAGGGUUAAGCUAGCCGACUUUCGAACAACCAGGUAAAGCAUCAGAGGUAAAUCUGUAUGGGAUUUACAAACACGAGCUGCAAAGGAGGCGAAUGCUUUAAGGACAAUUUACGCUACAUAACUCUUGCCUAUAACUGUCGCAUGCAACCUGCUUUGAAGUGCUUACAAGUUGAGUUGUACUGUGUAAAUCAAGCACACAACUCUACGUUGUCGUAAAUGAGUUUUGGUUAUUUACACAGUACAACUCAAGUUGUAAGGAGGUACGGUUGCAUGCGACAGUUAGGCAAAAGAUGUGUAGAUCGGCCUUUAUGAAUUAUGGUACGCAUGCAUAUGAAUGUUAAGGCCGUUUUCCACUUCGCCCGUAACACAGAGUAGAGACAUACAGAGACGUAACUAGUGUACCCACUUUUUUGUGCGCAUGCUCGGCAAGUUACUAGAUGCAUGCAUCUGAUUGGAUGACGACCUGAUGACGACUCACUUUAAACUUGCUGAGCACGCGCAGUUGAUCAUUUUUCGCCCGGUCGCCUGAAAAAAAAGUGGGUACAUGAUAACGUAAUCUUCCGCAGUGUUUACAACGGUCAGUUACGUCUCUGUAUGUCUCUACUCUGUGCCCGUAACAUAACGUAACGGUGAGCAUGCGCAGCUUGAAGAUGGGUUUUCAAAUUUACGUACUUCAGGUUGAUUCGCGUAUCAAAAUAAAAAGUUCGUCGCUAGUCAACUUUUUAGCGUAGGUACGGAAGUAUUGACCAAUCAACAUUCACUAAAUUUUGACAUUUAAAAUUUGUUUUGAUACGUGUCGGUACGUUACGCUUGCUGUGGAAAACGACCUUAAAUCUUUGUCGGAUAAGCUUUUGGCUGAGAAUAUCGAACGAAAAGCCUGGAAAAGGUCAUGUUAUAAUCAAGACGAAAUAUACAUUAGAUUUACAGAUAUUGAAUAAACAUUCAGUUCUUCUGAAUAUGUUCAGGAAUUAUUAAUGAUUCAAUUAUUAUCAAUUAGUAAAGUACCUAAUUGUUUUAAUCGACCAAUCACAAAACCUGUUCACCUUGGCAUGUAUAAUUCUAAUUUCGUUUAAUCCCUUGUUACUUUGGAUCCUGGCGAUUGCAUGGUUGUACACCAACCACACUGUAUAUAUAUUAUAUUAUAUAUAAUUUUAAUUUCUAGUGUCCAUGCUUUUAUGUGUUAUCCAGGAAAGCAUCUCAACUCAUUCCUCAAUUUCUUAAGGAAAAAACGGUAAACAAUCUUGUCUCAUGUGUAUAAAUUGAUCGAAGAAAAUUCACAACUGCAUGUAUGCAUGAUUGAUACUAAUAUUACUAUAUACUGAUACAGUACUCGCGAUAAGUUCUUUGUACGUUUGCAUGGCGACAAAUACUUAACACUUGACUGGGACCGAGGGAAACAGUAUGUUUGUGCACCCUCUUCUGCCAAUGAUUCCCGAGGCGAAGGAAACAUUGGCAGUCUCGGGUCCAAAAAAACAGUCAAUAAGUAUUUUAUCAUAUACCAAGCGUCAAAGAAAACAAAAAGAAACGAAAUUGUCGCUCUAUAACUGAACGACUUUUUAUCCGGUGAAUUAAGUAUCGUCCUCCGCUCAGAGAGCUGUUGCCUGAAGACGGUCAAAUUUCACGAAUUAUAUACGUGAUAGGCCUACUCUCGUCCAAUGAUAUACAAGAAUAUAUGAAUUUUCACACUUGAUAUACCGCGGUAUAGUAAGGGACGGACCAUUAGAAAAGUGAUGGGGGGGGGGGGGGAGGCAAUAUAUUUUUUUUUGUACACCGUACCUAUAUAGAAUUUUUUUUCUCACUUGAUGGCUGGAAAUUUUUGUAAGUGAAAUUUAUAGGCUUAUCUUCCAAGCUAGGAAUUUUAUUUUUUGCACUAUGCCUGGGAAGAUUUUUUCCCCCUAAUUUUUUUCUGGGAAUAAAUUUUUUUUGGUUUUGCCCUCCCAUCCCAUCACUUUUCUAAUGGUCCUAACAUUUGUGCUAACAUGCAGAACGCACCGAUCUUUAUAUACUAACAUUUGUGCUAACAUGCAGAACGCACCAUUAAAAGAAAAAGAUGCUCCUGGACAUUUCAUUAAAUAUUUACAGGAAAAGUAAGUGCAAUUUAUCCACACUUUUUUAUUUGUGGAAACACCACGUCCACGUAUAUACAAAUAUAUGUACAAUAUGCAAUAACUAUAUAACUUAAAAUGUUGUUAGUUAGUUGAGUACUAAAAGACUUGGGAAAAUUGAGUUUCAUGCAUAUUGAUGACAUGUGGUUUGCAAGAUAAAUACGAGGUGGUUACAAUUCAAAGUUCACACAUGAUUACUUCGUGCAUAAAGCCUAUAACAUCCAUGCAAAGUAAAAUUGAUACAAUAUAAAACAAGGCUGUAUAUUCAGAGCAACUUUAUUUUGCAGGGUGCCAGUUUAUGCCGUUCCUUUAAAAUCUGGUCGCUUUGACAUUGGCAACUUACAAUCCUACAUUGAAUGUGAUCAAUAUUUCACAGCAGGUAUACACAUAUUAGUGAAAUGUGUAAAGGUGCAUAAACUAUAAUUAAAUUAAAUACGAAAAGUUUAAACUGAUUAUAUAAUCUUCAAUGUUGGAUGCCAGCUAGUGUAGUUAUAUACCAACGUCGACGUUGACGUCGACGUGGACGCCAGCAGAUCAAAUUGAAUUAUACAAUUUUAUGGGCGGACCUCCGGACUCUUUCUGAUAAACGGGUUUAGCCAGGAAUUGACACUACUGUAAAUGGCUGUGCGAUUCCUAUGUAUCGCCUUUGAGGCACAGAGUCAUCUGGUUUGAUUCAUAAAGAACGAUCGUUCUUAUACGGUGAUCAUACAGACCUAUAGCCACCAUUAUAUGGUUAUACAUGCCUGUAUAUUUAGUUUUUUUGCAGGUAGCCAAAAAAAAUUUGCAGUUAGAUCUGCGUGGUCCAAAUUUGCACUCUUCGCUUGAAGCUUGCAAAUUGUGACAGGGGAUGGGGCACCAAAGAAAUUUUUUUGAGUUAUCUUUCGCCUUGUCAAAAUUGAGUGUCAGCUAAUUUGCUCAAACCCAACUGCUCGAAAAUUUUCAUAUAUCAAGCCGACAAGAUUGUCGGCUGAUGAAUAAAAUUCAGCCACAAAACAGGAAAUUUUAAGUUUUUGAUGGCAUCACUUGAUGAAUUUACGUCUUGAGUACGACUCUUAUUAAAUCUGUUCGGUAUAUAUUGCAAAAUGUAUUCGAAAAAAUUGAAAUUUAACAAAUUUUCUACUUUACUUAAGCAUGCGUAAGACCUUCUGACCAAGGAUUGCAGUUAGCUUCAGGCACUUGCAGGUAGCGCCGCUACCUAGGAUCCCAACAUCUGACAGGCAUGUGAUUAUAUGGUCUAUAUUCGGAAGAUCUUAGUGAUAUUUUUAACGUAAAUUUCUAUAAUGAUCUCUUUUUACUAGAUUCCUCGUCAUAACAAGGACAACGUCAACGUGCUUCUGCCGAGUCGAGAUUGGGUAACGAGUGAUAGGAGAUACGAUAUAGAAAGUGAAAGAGAUAGAAAAACAAUAUCUUAUACGUCGUUUUUGUUUGGUGCAAAUUAGUAAAAAUCCUAAUUUUGACAUACUUACUGUAAUGUAUAACUAUAAAGAAAAGUGCACAGUUCACGUGCAGUUCGAUCAAUAUAUCAGAUAAAUAUAUUACGUAUUAAUAACAAAUAUUCCACCCAUGCAACAAGACUGCUUGCAUUAUUCGAGUGUACGUAUGGUACAAUCGGUGUAAAAACAUAAGCU